AUGGCGGACGAUCAGUGGUUCCAUGGUGCCUCACUGUCUGACAUCGGUCGGCCGUCGUCAGACCCGCCAUCAGCGGCGUCAAGCACGGGCGCUCCUCCUCCGCAAACCGGCCGAAUGUCGGCUGGCACUCGCCGGACCGUCAAAGGUGCCGGUUCUGGCACUCCGUCAAAAGGAGCGUCAGGCGGAAUGACGGCCGGGAAGAAACGAAUGGCCGCGGUAACGGAAAAGGCGGUCGGGCUGAAGGAUCGACUACGGCAAGCGAGGGAGGAGGUGUUGGAGCUACGGCAGGACGCGUGCGACCUGCAGGAGUAUGCCUCCGCCAAGCUCAUGCGCGCCCAGACGUACCUGCAGCUGCUCGCCAAGAAGGCCCACGGACUCGACCAGGUGGCACAGGAGGCGGAGUCAAAGGUGGCGCCUCUGAAGAAGGAGCGCCGACGGCUCUUCAACAGCCUCAUCCAGUCCAAAGGCAACAUCCGAGUGGUGUGUCGGGUGCGUCCGACAUUCGAGCACGAGGACUCACUCGCUCUCUCCUUCCCAGACGAAACCACCAUCCGCAUCAACCCCUCCGCCUCUGCCACUGCCACUGCCACUGCUGCCGCUGCUGCUGCAGCCGGUGCGGCUGGUGCUGACGGUGCGGGCAGUGCAGGGUCUCCUGGGUCCUUGGGUGGUGGGGGUGGCAGCAGUGGGCUGGCGAAGAGGGACUAUGAGCUGGAUCACAUCUAUGGGCCGCAUGUGGGGCAAGGCGAUCUAUUCGUGGACGCGGUGCAGCCCAUGGUGCAGGCUGUGAUGGACGGCUUCAACGCCUCCAUCAUCGCGUAUGGCCAGAGUGGCUCCGGGAAAUCACACACCAUGGAGGGCCCGUCCCACGACCGCGGCAUCUUCUACCGAGCGUUUGAUGAGAUCUACGACCUUGCCAACUCAACAUACGCCCCUGCUGACAGCUACACCUUCCACGUCAGCGUUCUCGAGAUUUUCAACGAGCAGCUGAGCGACCUGCUGGUGAACCCCUUGCAGGGCGGCCAUGGGUCCUUGGGGAAGGUGGAGAUUGUGCAUGGGGGGGCGGGAGGGGGAGGCGCAGCAGCAGCAGGGGGACGCGGAGGAGCGGGAGGAGGAGUAGGAGGAGGCGUGGGGGGGUGGGGGGAGGUGGAGGUGCGGGGGGUGAGGGAGGAGGCGGUGAGCAACCCCAUGGAGUAUGCCAAGGUGGUCAAGACGGCUCUGCAGCACCGCGCGGCAGGGGGAGGUGCAUCUGGGGGAGGUGGGCUUGUUGGUGACAGCAAGGAGCGCAACAAGCUCUCCCACUUGGUGGUGAUAGUGCGAGUGCAUCACGACGACCCGGGUGGUGAUAGUGCGAGUGCACCACGACGACCCGGUGACGGGAGAGCAGCAGGGCGGCAAGCUGCUGCUGGCGGAUCUCGCCUCCAGCGAGCGCCUCCUCGCCUCCUCCUCCGCCUCGGGCGACAGGCUCACCGCCUCGCUGCACGUGCAGAAGUCAUUCUCAGCGUGCGUACGGUGCUGCUGGUUGAUGGGCUGGUCGAUGGGCUGGUUGAUGGGUUGGUUGAUGGGUUGGUUGAUGGGCUGGUUGAUGGGUUGGUUGAUGGGUUGGUUGAUGGGUUGGUUGAUGGGUUGGUUGAUGGGUUGGUUGAUGGGUUGGUUGAUGGGUUGGUUGAUGGGCUGGUUGAUGGGCUGGUUGAUGGGUUGGUUGAUGGGUUGGUUGAUGGGCUGGUUGAUGGGUUGGUUGAUGGCCUGGGCGACUGUCUGUCUGCUCUCACGGGCAAGCGCCCCACCGUGCCGUACGGCAACUCCAAGCUCACCACGCUGCUCUCCGACUGCCUUGGCGGCGAGGCCAAGACGGUGGUGGUGGUGACGUGCAGCCCGUCCGUGAGGGACGUGGCGGAGUCGGCUCUCUCGCUGGCCUUUGCCGCUCGCUCGCGCAACUCCGAGCUCAGCCUCGGCACGCGGGAUACCAUCAAGAAGUGGCGCGACAUGGCGAAUGAUGCGAGGAGGGAGGUGUUUGAGAGCGAGAGGCAGAUAACAGAAGCGCAGCAGGAGGUGCUGCAAUAUGUGUUAGAGUGUCAACUUAUUUCCCUCCCCCUCUCCGCCCCCCUCUUUCCCCCCCAGGCGAAUGACGCACGGAGGGAGGUGUUUGAGAGUGAGAGGCAGACGGCAGAGGCGCAGCAGGAGGUGCUACGGCUGAGGGACGCUGUGAGGGCGAGCGAGCAGACGGGGUGUGUGCUGCUGACCGAGCUGCAACGCGCCUGGGCGCAGGCUGGACUGGUGGAGGCUCAACACCACUCUGAAGUGGAACGGCUUAUGGCUGAGGUGGCGGCGGGGUUGGAGGCACAGCGGCGGAUGGAGGAGGAGUGGGAGACUCGAGCAGUGCUGGAGGGAGCAAAGACCGUGAGGGAGCAUGAGGAGGAGAUGGAGCGCGUGCAGCAGCAACACAUUGCGGAGAUAGAGGCGUACAAGGUCCAAGUGGAGCAGCUACACGGGCGGCUGGCAGAAGCAGCCGAAAUGGCGGCGACGGUGGCGGCACUGCGCCGCCCGCAGGAGGACUCAGCGGAGGUGGCGGAGCUGAGGCAACGAUACGAGGCGGCGGUGCAGAAGAUGACAGCGUAUAAGAACGAGCUGGAGAAGAGCGAAGCGCUCACCCGGGAGCUGAACUCAGAGAAUGCGAGUCUGUUGUCUCGCCUGGAGGCCACCAACAGCGCGCUGGCCCAGGCAAGCAGUAGCAGCAAUGAAUCCUCUCCCCCCCGUUUCCCUUCACCCCUCUCUUCCCCUCCUUCGCCCUGCAUAUUUCCCCCUCCUCCUCCCCAGGCUGCUCUCGAGAAUUCUGCCCUCAUGAAGGUGGAUGCCCAUGUGCAGGCCCAGGCCCAGGCGCAGGCACAGGUGCAGGCCGGAGAGGGACAGGCAAUCACUGCAAAUGGCACAGCGGGACACGGGGAUGGAGGAGCAGGGGCAGGCGAAGGCCAGGGCGCUCAGCAGCAGGGGCAGGGGACUGAAGGGAAGCAGGGGGGUCCUGCUGCUCGUGCCGCUGCUGCUGCUGCUGCUGCUGUGAGAGUGGGUCCAGGGGGGUUGCAGCCGCAGCAGCAGCAGCAGGCGGGAAGUGGUGGGGAGUGGGAGAGGCGGAGGGAUGAGGUGGUGGGGCGGAUGAAUAGGGUGAUGGUGGACGGGCAGAGCGAUGCAACUGCUCUCGCAGAGGAGAGCAACGCGUGCUUGAGAGAGGUGCGUAUUGAAGAGCAGAGGUACGUGUGUGCAUUAUAUGAGGCGGGCUAUGGUGGGGAGUGGGAGAGGCGGAGGGAUGAGGUGGUGGGGCGGAUGAAUCGAGUGAUGGUGGACGGGCAGAGCGAUGCGCCUGCUCUGGCUGAGGAGAGCAACGCGUGCUUGCGAGAGAUGCUGACAGCUGUCGCAGCCUUGCCAGCUGGCAGUGAGGAGGAGGGGCGGGCGGCAGAGGAGGUACGGGCGGCGGUGGUGGCGCUGCUGGCGUGGGCACAUUCUAAGGCGCUGUCGCUUGAUUGGCCGGUCGUGUCGUGCGCCCGCCUGCUGCUGCUGCGCGUGCUGCGCUCCAAGUCAGCCGAUGUGCAGUCGAGUAAAGUGAGUGUGGGGAGGGUAGUGAGUGUGGGGAGUGAAGUGAGUGUGGGGAGCGAGGUGAGUGUGGGGAGUGAAGUGACUGGGGUGCGGGCUUUUGAGGUCCCGGCCAUUGAGCGGUUUCUAGAGAAAGCCCUACCACAGCCGGCCAAACCCGCCGUGCAGAAGAGCUCCACGUUCGCCCCCCCCUCAACACCGCCGCCCAUCUUGCUCCCCUGCCCUGCACUCUACACCUCUCUCUCCCACCAGGUACCGGCCAUCGAGCGGUUCCUGGAGAAAGCCCUACCACAGCCAGCCAAGCCGGCCCUGCAGAAGAUCUCCAUCUUUGCACUGCCCACCACCGCCACUCCUGCACCAAUUUCUCUCUCCUCCCCUUCCCUUUGCCCCUCCAGCCCACCAGGUCCCGGCAAUCGAGCGGUCCCAGCAAUCGAGCGUUUCCUGGAAAAGGCCCUACCACAGCCAGCCAAGCCCGCUCUUCAGAAGAGCUCCACGUUUGCUCUCCCCACCACCGCCACCCCUGCGCCCGGCUCCACCCUCCGCACGUUCCGUGUCGACCUCAAGCUGCCGGGGGGGGACAAGGGGGCAGCGGGUGCGGGUGCAGUGGGGGGGGGGAGUGCGAGCAUUGCGGACCGGCGGGGCAGUGCGUCGUUCCGCCUGCCGUCGUUCCGAGCGGGUGGGAAGAAGGCCGCGGGCGCAGCAGGGGGGUCUGCUGUUAAGGUGUCAGAGGCACGAAUCAAGGAGAUUCGGCAAGAGGCAGCAGACCACGCCAAGGGGCACAAGGAGCUCGCUCUGGUCUUUGCCCACUUCGCCACCGCCAAACCCACCACCACCACCGCCCCCCUCUACGCCUCCUCCCUCCCCGCUGACCUCAUCGCGCGCGUCGCUGACGUCACCAGCCUGGAGCAGCGCGUGCUGCAGUGGAUUGGAUCGCAGUUUGGAUUCUGGGCGGCGGGCGAGCCGCCCAGGGAUGCGCAGGAGGACGUGGUGGCGGUGGCGGCGGCGGUGGUGGCGGGGUGGCGGGAGGGGCUGGGCACGUUCAUGCGGUACAGUGAGGACGCUCUGGGACAGGUGCUGGCUGACUGGAGCUUCAGGCAGUACCGGUCUCAGCUGGGGAACCUCAAGGACGUGGGGUCGUCCCUGCUAGUGGAGGAGGCGGACGACAUGGAGCAUGUGAUCAAGCUGCGUCUGGGCCUGGAGGCAGUGAGGCACAAGCGCGCCAAGCUGCUGAGGGACGUGGCGGCAGACGCGUCGCUGGGGGCGCACCGGGAGGAGCUGCUGGAGGGGCAGAAGCGGUGGGAGGCGGAAGGCGGCGCCAAGGAGGAGAGCAGAAUCGGAUCUCUUGCUGCCCUGGAGAAGAUUUUCCGCGCAUGCCAGGACGCCAUGGAAGCGCUGUCAGCGUCGCGCAUGCCGGCAGACGAGGCGGUGAACGGCAUGCGGGAGGGGCUGGCGAGGCAGCAGAGGGAGGAGCUGCCGGUGCUGGCAGGGCCAGACAAGAUGGGUUCCUGGCUGAGUGAAAUGGGUCCGUUGAAGGAGCAGCAGCAGGGGCUGCCCUUCCGGUGCUGCCAAGGUGGUGGGCGAGCAGAUCAUCGCCUAUGCCCUGCAGUUCUUCCCUGUGAGUGCCGGGGUUGGGGGUUCGGGGGUUCAGGGUUCCUGGCUUUGUUGAAGGAGCAACAGCAGGGGCUGCCCUUGGGUGCUGGCAAGGUGGUGGGCGAGUGGAUCAUCACGUAUGCCCUGCCGUUCUUCCUGCAUCAAACUCUCUCGCCUUCUCGCUUCUGUCUCUCCUACCCCUCCUUCCCCUCAAACUCCGUUCCCUACGCUGACCCCUUCUCUCUUCCCAACCCUUGCUCCCUCGUGUCCCCUGCAGGCGUCCUGCCUUCUUCCCAUGCUGGUGCCGCCUCCUCUCCUGCGCGGCACUCCACCUCUUCUGCUGCUGCUGCUGCUGCUGCUGCUGCUGCUGCUGCUGCUGCAGCACACCACACAUCCUCACCCUCGCGACACAGUGCCACUGGUUCCCCCUCCCGCCGCCCGUCUUCCCCGUCGCGCCGCCCCUCCUCUCCCUCCCGCUCGUCCCUCUCCCACGUCGCACCGUCCCAAGGUGGUCAGACACUGCAAGAGAGGGCAGGCGCAGGGGGGGAAGCAGCAGCAGCAGGGGGGGCAGCAGCAGCAGGGGGAAGCUCUCUGUGGAGUCAGGUGACAGGGCUGGUGGAUGGGCUGGGGCGAGGUACAGGAGAGGGAGCAGACGGAGCAGUGGGAGGGGGAGUAGGACAGGAAGGGGGAGGAGAGAGUGCUGCUGCUGGCCUGUCUGUGGGAGGGGAGGGGGACGGUAUGCCAGCCACAGCAGCAGGAGCAGGAGGAGUAGGGCCAGCAGCAGGAGGGGGAGGGGCAGUGGCAGCAGGCAGUGUGGCGGCAAGGCAGGAGGAGGUACGGAGGAGGGCGGAGCAGGAGGGGGUGAGGGAGUGGACGGCAGUGCAGCUGAAUAGUGCCGAAGGGCCGCUUGUCAUCAAGUGUGGUGCCACCCACCACCUCCAACUCGCCAUUAAAUACUCUUCCACUGCUGCCAAUGCAACCGGUGGUGCUGCUGCGUUUGCAGCUAAGACCACCUCAGGGUCUCUCGAACCGGACACACUUUCUGUUCUUCCUGAUCCAUCCUCCCUCUCUGGACUAUCUCUUGACCGGAUCCGGUCGGUUCUCUCACCCCUCCUUCCUGACCCCAUCGUCCACGUCAUCGUCGCCAAGUCAGCAAACGCCACGCGGGCGCGGUACGGCCGGAUCCACUCCACCCUCGCCGCCCGCGUGCCGGUCCUACGUGGCGCCCCCAGCAGCACCGGCCCCGCCACGUCACGCGCUGCGGAGUCGCCGACCACUGUCGCGCAGCCAACUGGCAGCUACAGUGCCGCGAGCACUCCCGGACGGGGGGUUUCGUCUGGUGUGGGAUGGGGAGGCGGCGUGAAAGGGGGGAGGAGGAGCACGGGGGUAGGGGGCGUGGGAGGGUCGAUAGGAGGGCGCGGGGACGUGUUAGAGCUUGAAGGGAGGAGCUGGUCUAGAGGGGCGUCUCUUGCCAACUCGGUUGCGGCUACCCCCAUCUCUUCAAGCCCCUUGCAUGGACCGUUGCGAGGGGGAGGAGGCAUGGUGGGAGGGAGUGUGCGGAUGAGUUUGGAUGCUGGUGCUGGUGGGGAAGUGGGAGGGGGAGGCGCGGUGGGAGGGAGGGCAAUGAAGAAGAGUUCGAGCAUGCAUGAGCUACCGGAUGCCUUAUAG